AUCUUAUUUUUUCAUCUCAGUAUGAAAUGCCAGUGUGGUUGCAGUCUGAAGGCGUGCUUCAAAUUCUGCCCGGAGUGUGGACAGAGACUGCCCGUACAAUUGGGUGAUUCAGCCGGAAAGUCCCAAAGAGAGCAAACGCCAAUAGUUCCACCCUCCAGCAGCGACACACCGUCUGAAACGUCCCCCGAGUUGCAAGGAGGCAGUGUUAAGAAAAAGGUAAUCUCAGAUCCGUGCCUUAGCUCAUCACUGGACAACACUCACCUGCACGAAGGUGAUAAUGCCACUGAGACAACAACUGGGAAUGGGAGCUCUGUGGUGGUUCAACAUGUACCACCAAAUGGCAACAGUCUGUCUUCUCCAACUGCAACAGAAGAAAAUAUUGCCAAGUCUGUAUGUACAUCUUCGCAAAACACUCAGUCUUCAUCCUCUACUCACGUCCUUGUCCAGGAUACAACCUCUGUCCACUCUCCAUCAACUGCCUCUAUGGGUCUACCAAGUAUUCAAGUACUGCCGAGAAAUGAGUCUAAGGACAUGUCUGGCGAGAUCAUAGGUCUGGAAAGUGAGCAUUCUAGCCAGUCAUCUCCAGUACCGCUCUCUGCUUCUGAAGCGUCCAGCAAACCCUCUGAAGAGUGUGAGAAGGAAGUGCACAGUUGCUCCUCAGAACCAGAGGCUAUGUCAUGUCUUAACCCAGAUUCUCUAACUCCCAGUCCAUCACCUUCCAAACAGAAUAAUGACAUGCAGUCUGUACAGAGUGCCAUGCUUGACUCUCCUGUUCCAUUGCUGAUAAAAGAUCAAAAUGGAUUUAAGUUACAGUCUCAUUCAAAAGAAGCAGUAAAAGAGAUGAUUACCAGUCAGAUGCAGGGCCCUGCAUUAGGCUCCAUGCCUCCAACAGAUAACGGGACCACAAAAGUGCCUGAUCAGCCCUACGAGGACCUUGACAAAGCACAGUCUGCAAAUCUAAACCAAGAAUCUUCUAUUCCACCACGGCGUUUCAAUAGUCAGACCUCUGAACAGGGAACAGAGAAACCGCACACCUUGCAGUGUACCACCGGACAAGGGGAAACCUCAAAAAAUAAAAAUGACUCUAACAAGAAAGUGUUUGGACCAUACCCUACUGAGAGAGAAGUUCCAAAAUCCAAAACAGAUAACAUUCAGAGUAAACAGCAAACCCACCUUAAAGAGUCCAAAGUGGAAAACAAGCAAACAAAUGCUGUACAGAGUAAUAGAGGAACAGAGAGUGUUAAACAUGCCUUAUGCAGAGAGAAGCCUUUAUCUGAGGGGAAAAGAAUGCCUUCAGACCAAAAUGAUGAUGCAGCUUUUCAACAAGUGUCAUCAAAGAAAAAAAAAGAAAGCACAUCGAACCCUCAGGAGGAACCCAAAGACAUAACUGUUAUCUUCCAUGCCAUCUUAUCGAAAGACUUUAAACUGGACCCAUCAAAAGACUUUGUUACUAUAAGAUCAGGAAGUUUAGCAGAAAACUGGAAUAAGGAUAUUUUGACAAUGGAAAUCACAAGAGACUUGGGACAAAAUGGUUUUAUUGUUCAUGGGAAAUUGCAGACAACCAAAAAGAAUGUUGGGAAGUUUAUUCCUUACAAAUAUGUUGUUAACAAAGAAGGCAAAAACAAAAACUCACUUCACACUGAGUAUGAGCACAUCUACACAGAAGAGGCCAAACACAUUGUUAACCGAUGUCUUUUCAUUAAAGGGACUCUUCUGACACAGGAAGGUGAAUGGCACCAGUAUGAUGACAUAAUAUGUGCAAGGCCACCAGAUGGCAUGAAGGAGAAAUUUAAAAGCUGGUUUACAAACAUAAAGCCUGAUUUGGUGAAAGGAAGAAUUAUAGCGGGAAAUGAGAUGCUAGAAACCAUCUUUGAUAUCCUCCAUGAGUGGAAUAAGAUAAACCUGAGAAACUUCUUUUCUCAGCUCCAGCAGUUUUUCACAACUUAUUCAAAUCCUUAUGUAUAUGAAGACAAAGCAAAACCAUGGCAAAAUCUGCAGUAUGGUAAAGAAGAGGUGAAAAAACUAUUCAAAUCAUUCAUGCACUGGAAGCUGUAUCUCCAGCAGACAGACAGGCAUAGCUUGAAGACAGAUCCACUAAAAGCAGCCAUUACCUUUCUGCUGGUUUCUAACAAAUAUGAUCUCAUGAUGGGAGCAGAUGUGAAUUCUAAAAUUGGCUGGAUGCUGUGUCUUCCUGAACUGUCAAAGGAAAGAUUUCGUUUUUACUGGGAUGAGUUCUUCCAGCCUCUACAAGAAGAACGUGUUGCAGAUGCAGUCAGAAAGUUUUGCGAGACUGCAAUUAACCAGAAAACAACCACCUGGAUCCUUAUAAUUCCACUGUUGCAUUUAUUGGAGGGAGACAGCAAGCCAUUUGAGCCAAACUCACUUGCCAUUGGACAAGAAUUUGAUGUUUGGGCAGGACUUAAAAGGUUCAGGAUUCCUGAUGUCCAUGUUACAGACUCCCAACACACAAGGGCAUUAAUGAAAGUAAUGGAAAGCUGUAAACACUUGCUUCAUGUCGAUCAACUGCUUGCACGCUCAUGGAUGCGUGUGUUGGGCCUCAAUAACUUGUUGGAAUUCACAUGUAUGUUUUCUGUGGAUACGUUGGAUGUCCUUUUCAUGAUUAGCAAGAGUCUUGACAUCAACAUGCUAUAUAUUUCCAAAGAGAAUCUGAAAAUGUUGCUUUCACAUCUCAUCUGUAAAACAGAAGGUGAAAAAUACAGGUUUAAAGAUUGUCAAUAUGAUGAACUCUGCCUGAAAACGGCUAUCACUGUAUUGGUUUCAAUCUGUACCCGUUUUAAAGAGCCAUGUCAUUAUGAAGUUCCUAUGGAGUACCUAAAACUCCUCAGUCUGAUUAUUGGUUCUACUUGUGAACAGGAAUCAACUGAGGCCCAGAGAAACAGGAGCACAGAGGGGUUCUAUAGGAUGAUAAGAAUCGUAAGAGAAUGGCUUCGAAAGACUUUCUCCAAUCGUCUAUUGAGCAGUACACACAGCUACACCACGUUCUCUAAUACUUUUGAGAUGGAGGUAUGGAGCCAGUUGCUAUCACUGACCUUUGCUGACAAGGAGUUCUGUGCAACAUGGAGACAAGAAUUUUUAAAUCAGUUUGAGGGAAAACUGAAACAGGAAAAGCCAACAUUUCAGAUUGAGAUUUACUGCAACAAGGUAGAGAACAUUGCAGUUAAGUUUCCAGUAUUAUCCUCCUGCCUUGAAAAAUGUGCUUUGGAGGCUGUGAGUUCUAUUUGCCAGGGAGGCUCAGAGAGUGAUUUAUUUGAAAAACUUAAGAGCCAUGACUUAAGUAAAUUUGGAUUGCUGGUAUCCACAAUUGUACUCAAAGCUUGGCCAAAGACUGAAGACGGAAAAUACCUAGAUGGAGAUGAGCUAGUAGUGAAACACCUUCUUACAUGGCGUACAGCAACCAGAAUCUUUCAGUUGCAAGGUGCAAAUGGGAGACUGAUCGAUCAACUCUCGGACAAUGCCAGAGAGAAAAUGGCUGUGGCCAGUUCUGUGUUUAGCUGUGUUGCAGAAAAGUUCUUCCAAGGAAAUAUUACAAUAAAAAUGCUGAAUCAUAUCCUGGAGGGAGAAGAUGCGUUCUUUGAGCUUCUAAAGAUUGAUGGACUCUGUGAUGAUGGCCGGUGUAAAGACCACAGGGCUGUGAAAACGCUUCUUAGAAGAAGGAAAGAGGAAGUUGAGAAGAUCUACCAUGAAAAAGAGAUGGUGGCAUGCCUACUCCGCGUGUGCCACACACUCCAAAAGUACAUCAACGUUGAUACCAAGGACCUUGAAAAUACCCAGCAAAACACUGUAGAGGACAUGCUUCUAGAUGAUUUCAUGGAAGUUCAUCAGUUUGACCAGAGUUCAUCAGAAGUGACAGGAAUGGUCACAUAUUUCAACCUUUGUGACAUCACCAGAAAAAUGGCAAAAAGUCUGCAUGAUUUGCAAGAAAGCUAUAUUUUUGCUAUGUGUUGGGAGAACCAAGCCCAAAAACUCUCAAACAUUGGUGAUAAUGAUAAUGAUGAUGAUUAUGAUGAUGAUGAUCCUGAACCAAAGCUAAGGAGAAAUAUGGAGCAAUGCACAUUAGAGUUCAUCUAUACAGAAGUAUUUGAGCCUUGCUACGUUCAAUAUGAAACCAUCUACACCAGGUUGAAGAGCGGCACUAUCACAUUCCAGGAGGUCGACAGUGCCUUCAAGGCCUACAUGGGCAAAUACACUGAUUUUAGAAAAGAUCUGGAGAUUAUGUGCAAAAUCAAUCCAAAGGAUGAUAAGCGAUGGAUUAAAAGAAGAAUCCAGCAGAUCCAGCAGUACCAUGACCUUCAUCUUGCAGUAGAAUCAGCCCAAGUGAUCGUGGACGUCAUGAAAGUGCUGUGUCCUAUGGGAAAUUUCCAAAUUCUAGAUAGACUGCUUCAUGCUAGUGAAGCUGAUUUUAAGGAGGAAACCUUAGAUCAUAUUGAUGACAACUUGAUAAGUGCCAAAGAGGUCGUGGCAGACAUAACGGAGGCUCGCCGACUGUGUCUCCAGGAGCUUGGCCAUAGGAGAAAUUUGGUUGAGUGGGUCAAAGAAGCAUUGAAAGAUAUCAGUCAGCUUACAGUAUUUGUGGAUCUUGCUACAAUCUCUGCUGGGGAGAAUGCUAUGGAUGUGGAUCGUGUCGCUUGUUUCCAUGACGCUGUGCUGGGAUAUUCCUCCAUGCUGUAUGGCCUUAACGCUGACUCUGACUUUGAUGCUUUUAAGAGGGCCCUGCAAAAACUCUGGCAAGCUCUGGAAAAUGACAGUAACAUCACAAAAAAGCUGCGAGAUACUGCCAGGCACUUGGAUUGGCUGAAGACAGUGAAAGAAAGUCAUGGAUCAGUGGAACUGUCCUCCAUUUCACUGGUCAAAGCCAUAAAUACAAGAGGAGUAUACACCAUCAGUGCACAAUACCAGACAAAGAUCAAUAUGGAUACUGCUCUCAGGCUCGAUGUCCCUGAGGAACAUGGAGAGGGGCAAGAGAGUCGUCAUUAUGUUCUUGAAGAUGUGAGAGACCUGCAAAAUAAACUCAUGCUUAUGUCUGGAAAAGGUGAACAAAGCAAUGAGGUGGAACAUUUCACUGAGGUUUUUGACCAUGUUCAGAGACUAGCUGGGACCUUCCUUGAUAUGCUUUCUGCUGGAAACCCUUUGUUUAGACACUGGGAAGCAAAAAUCAUCUGCUCUGAUGCAGUGUUAAGCUCAGAUCAUCACAGCAACUCUGGAAUUAUUCUUAACUUCAAUUUAAGUAGUAUUCCAUACAAAAUACUUGAAGGUAAUGCAAUUGAACAACUCCCAGAACUUUGCAAGAAAAUGGAGAGGUACUUAAAUGAUUGGAAGAUGUUUAUGGACAAACAGAGAUCUGAGAACUACCAUCUUAACUAUUUCACUGCUGAACAAAUUGUCUAUCUUUGUGAGCAGCUCUCUUUGAAAAAUUUAAAUGAAGACAUAGAUGACAGUGCAUUAACGAUGCUCUCUUUUAUCAAUCCCAAAUCUACCACAUAUGAUGUGUGGAAAGCAUGGAACCUCGUACAUGCAGAUUUGCAGAAUGUGGGUACUGCAAAUUCAGUUUCGACUGACAGAAGCUUAAACACAAGUCUGCAAGACAUCUCUGAUAAGGUUUUUGGGUUAGGGACACUGGAUAUGAUUUGGGAGAAAUAUGUCACAGACAUGAAAACAUUUCUCCCAGAUGUACUGGAAAUUCCAAAUUUGGCCAGACUUCUUGGUAGACUGAAUAGUACAGUGAAUUUGGAUUCAGAGGAUGAGGACCAGGAAGAACUCCUGCAUUUACACCCCAGCAAAAGACCCAUCAGACGUGUGUUGCCAAAGGGUCUGGUAAAUGGCCGUCCCAAUCUCAUAGUUUGUCCCAGAGAAGAGGUCUUGGCCACCUGCAUCAGUAUUUACUCUGUCAGUGAAUAUGAGCCACUUCCCACCUAUGAUGAAGUCCUACUAUGCAGCGCCGCCACUCCUUACGAGCAUGUGGAACUUUUUCUCAGACGAUGCUUGUCCAGUGGAUGCAUGGGAGAGAAGAUAUACUGCUUAUUGCAUGCUGACCUAUUGAACUAUGAGGUCAGUUAUGCUGUGGAACAGUUGUUUCACAGACUUCAUUCUGGAUCCAAGAAGGAUUUCAAACUUGUGAUCAUUUGCAGCUCGGAACACGCAUAUAUACCUUCAGCAUUUGGCCAGUUCAAGUUGCACAUGAUUCCAAGAGAAUCCUUAGAGGGAGUUCAAGCUUAUCUGUCCAAACACUAUACAGUCCCAUCCGACCUGCCUAGUGCUGCAGCUGUGUUCAAAGACAAACAGUCUGUUGGAAUCGUGUCCUCAGAACGAGCAGGAGUUGGUAAAUCAUUGUAUGUUCAGAGGCUUUACGAAAAGCUUGAAAUGUCUGAAAGACCUGGAUCUUCAUGUCUGAGAUGCAUUCGACUAAUUGAACCCACAAUCAAUGAAAUUAGCAUCCUGCAGUCAUUGCUGGACACACCAAACAAGAACGGGCUUGUGAUCUUUCACUUAGAUGUUACAACAUCGGUGCAAAAAGGAUUGGAUGAGUUUUUAUUCAAGCUGUUGGUUCUUGGCUAUCUAAUGGAUACUGAAGGACAUAUGUGGAAACGUAGCAGCCAGCACUUGUAUGUCAUUGAAAUGUUGCAGCACACCACUGAAUCCCCAAAAUUUGUUCCAAGAGUGGAUUCAAAUGUGCCUUUCACCUUCACUGAGGUAUUUCCCAGAGUGAAGUGCAGACCCCCUAAAGAGGUUCUGGAGCUAGAAAUUAAAAUAGAAGAUGACCCUAGCUUUGAAAUUGAGGACCCACUUAUGGAUGAUGAGCAUUUCAGAAGUGAAGCUUAUCAGAGGCCUUACCAAUAUUUAAAGCGUUUCUAUGAGGGAACUGACCUUGACAAUUUUACCUUCAUUGGAGUUGAAGGUUCCCACAAAGAAUGUCUUCAAAUGAUGUUUCUCUACUGUGGCAUUGUUGAUCCAUCAUGGACAGAGUUGAGGAAUUUCAUUUGGUUCCUUAAUCUUCAGUUGAAAGACUGUGAGACAUCUAUUUUUUGCAACAUGGAAAUUGUUGGCGACACUUUGGGAGGAUUCAGAAAAUUUGUAGUUGACUUCAUGAUUUUGAUGGCCAAAGAUUUUGCCACGCCAUCACUAAACAUUUCUGAUCAAAGUCCUGGGAGACAAACAGUAGACCUAAUAGGUGUUAAUGAAGAAGAUCUAGCCCCAUUCCAUAUCAGAAAGAGAUGGGAGUCAGAACCUCAUCCAUACAUUUUUUUCAAUGAUGAUCAUGAAUCCAUGACCUUUAUUGGUUUCCACCUCAGGUUAAAUAAUCAGAAAAGAGUUGAUGCCAUUGAUCCAUCAUCAAACAAAGUGAUAAGGAAGAACAUCAUGACAAAAGAGCUUUAUGAUGGUCUCCAGCUUAACAGGGUCCCUUUCAACAUAAAUUUUGAUGACCUAUCUAGAGGUGAAAAGAUCGAGUAUUUGUGCAGUGUUCUUGGUGUUAAGUGGCCAUCAGAUCCUGAUGAGACCUACCAGCUGACUACGGACAACAUACUGAAGAUGAUGGCAAUUCACAUGAGGUUCAGAUGUGGCAUUCCAGUCAUUAUUAUGGGGGAAACUGGUUGUGGAAAGACAAGACUCAUCAAAUUUCUUUGUGAGCUGCAACGCAGUGGGACCCCUGCAGAUAACAUGAAAUUAGUCAAAGUUCAUGGUGGCACAACCCCUGAGAUCAUUUAUGCCAAUGUACAAGAAGCUGAGGCCAUUGCAUCCUUGAAUAAAGAGAAACAUGAACUUGAUUCUGUCAUUUUCUUCGAUGAAGCCAAUACUACUGAGGCAAUUGGUUGCAUAAAAGAAGUGCUAUGUGACCACACAGUGCAAGGUCAUAAACUUAAACUCCACACUGGACUACAUGUUAUCGCUGCAUGUAAUCCCUACAGGAAGCACUCGGAUGUGAUGAUUGAAAGACUGGAGGGAGCGGGUUUGGGAUAUGUAGUGAAAGCUGAUCAGACACAGGAUAGACUAGGAUCCAUUCCCCUUCGUCAGCUGGUGUACAGAGUUCACGCAUUGCCCCCAAGUAUGAUUCCCCUUGUGUGGGAUUUUGGGCAGCUCAAUGAUGACACGGAAGAAUUGUACAUUCAUCAAAUAGUUAGGAGUGUGGUUGAAAACAAUUCAAUCCAGGGAGACUAUAUGGGAAUGAUGACUAAUAUCCUUUCUGUGUCACAGCACUACAUGAGGAAGAGGAAAGAUGAAUGUAGCUUUGUCAGUUUAAGGGAUGUGGAACGUUGCAUGCAAGUAUUUGUUUGGUUCUACACUAAUUACAAAAUGUUUUUUGAAGAACUCCAAGAGCUCUUGAAGAAAAAGCUAAAACAAUCAAAGAUAACAGAUGAAGAGGACAGAGACCCAGUUGAAUGGGCUCUGUUGAUGGCAGUCACCGUGUGCUAUAACUCAUGCUUGGAAAAGAAAAAGGAAUUUUGGACCAAACUCUGCAGAUUCUUUCCAAAUUACAACAAAUUAGCAAAUGUGGUAAAUGAAAUCUCUCUCAUUCAGGAUCUUCUUCUACAUGAUGUGCCUUUUAGUGGUACAAUUGCAAAAAACAAGGCUUUGAAAGAAAAUGUAUUCAUGAUGGUGGUGUGCAUUGAACUGCGAAUCCCUCUCUUCUUAGUUGGGAAGCCUGGGAGCUCAAAAUCUCUCUCAAAGACUUUAGUGGCAGAUGCAAUGCAGGGCCAGGCUGCACACUCUGAAUUCUACAAGAAUUUGAAGCAGGUCCACUUAACAUCUUACCAGUGCAGUCCUCACUCAACUGCAGAAGGAAUCAUUAACACAUUUAAACAAUGUGCUCGCUUUCAGGAAGGCAAAAAUCUAAAAGAAUAUGUCUCUGUUGUUGUACUGGAUGAGAUAGGCCUGGCAGAAGACUCACCCAAAAUGCCUCUCAAAACACUUCACCCAUUGUUGGAAGAAGGUUGUACUGAUGAUGACCCGCUCCCCCAUAAGAAGGUGGGGUUCAUUGGCAUCUCAAACUGGGCUUUGGACCCAGCCAAAAUGAACAGGGGAAUAUUUGUCUCCCGAGGUGACCCAGACGAGAAUGAGCUAAUCUUAACUGCUGCAGGAAUUUGUUCUUUGGAUCCAAUGGUCUUGGGAAACAUCAGACAUAUUUUCUGUCCUUUGGCAGGUGCUUACUUGGAGAUAUGUAAAACACAAGAUAAAGGUUUUUUUGGCCUACGUGAUUACUACAGCUUGAUCAAAAUGAUAUAUGCUGUCUCGAAGUCUUCAAGUCUUUCUUCAGAAGAAAUUGUUAAUGCAGUACUGAGGAAUUUCAGUGGCCUGGAUAAUGUGGACACUCUAAAUAUCUUCUCCAAAAAACUGGACAUUCGACCUGAUUUGGAUAGCAUUAGUACUAUCAAUCUUGUGGGACAAAACAUUAAUGGAAUAACUCAGGAUGAGGACUGUCGCUACCUUCUUAUCCUAACCAAGAACUUUGCAGGUCUCCAAAUUCUUCAGCAGAAUUUCUUCUCAGACAACAACCUCCCAGAGAUUAUCUUUGGCUCAAGUUUUCCUAAAGAUCAGGAGUACACACAAGUUUGCAAGAAUAUCAACCGUGUGAAGAUCUGCAUGGAAACUGGACAGGCUGUUGUGCUACUGAACCUUCAAAACCUGUAUGAAAGUCUCUAUGAUGCACUGAAUCAGUAUUAUGUUUUUCUUGGUGGCCUAAAAUAUGUGGACCUUGGCCUUGGGACACACCGUGUGAAGUGCAGAGUCCACAAGGACUUCCGUCUCAUUGUCAUUGAAGAGAAAGAGGUGGUUUACAAACAGUUCCCCAUUCCACUAAUUAACAGACUAGAAAAACAUUACAUUGACAUCAACAGUGUUCUAAACAGUAAUGAGAAGGAAAUUGUCAAAUGUCUGCAGAACUGGGUCCAACAUUUUGUGUCUCCCAAAAGUCAGCAUUGCAGUUCACACAAGUACUUGCCCCCAGAUGUUUUCAUUGGCUACCAUUCAGAUACUUGUUCCUCUGUGGUACUGCAAGUAAUAGACAAACUGAGAGAUGAAACUGGUCAUUCAGAUAUACAAGACCAAGUGUUGGAAGAAGCUAAGAUUGUCCUACUGAAUUGUGCCACCCCAGAUUCAGUGGUGCGAUUGGAAUACACUGACUUGCCAGAUGUGGAAUCAGAACGAUUGCUAAAUACAUACUUCAAGGUUCAGCGGCACCAUUCUUUAGCUGAGUUCAUCGGCUCUCACAUCCAACAGGGACACUGGAACCAUUACAUUUUCACAGAGGUAACAACAUUCUCAAGGCUCUUGACAGCUGUAGAUGUUGUGCAACUUCAGUCCCAUACAGGGAUUCACAAUAUGAAUCUUUUAUCACUGAGGCAGUUUGAGACAGAAUUUUCCUUCCUCAAAAAAAUAAGGCAGUUUCUUGGUACGCCAUCUGCAAACAAGAUUCUUCUUCUCCAAAUUGAUUUCAGUGAAGAUUCCGGGAGUGCAAAUAUUCUCGCAUCCGCCAGGUAUUCCUGCAUGAAUGAAAUCAUCCGAUCGAAACCUAUAAGUGCUUGCAAGGUGUUUGUGUACUUCAUUACUAAACUGCAACGAAUAGAGGGUGGAACCUCCUACACUGGAUUUCAGGGAGGGCAUUGGACAUCUGUUCACAUCGAUGAUCUCAGAAGUUCUCAAGACAUCGUAUCUGAUGUUCAGAAUUUAAGAAACAUAUCCAUUUGUGAUCUCUUCAAAGAAAAUAAAAGCCAAUAUGAAGAAAUGGAGGUCCAGGACCCUAUGCUUUUGCAGUCAGAGUUUGAUAAGUCCGUACUGGAAAGUAUGUUUGACACAACAGUGCUGCUACGCAGUUGCGUCCAGAAUGCUGUGAGCAUGCUGAGGGACCCUGAAGAUGGUGGCACCCUUAGUACAAGAAGAGUAGAGAUCUUGCUUAGACUAAUGGACAACAGUGACCAGCUGAAAGUUUCAUUCAUGGAGACCUUAAAAAAGCGCCUUCAUCUCCUGUUGAAAACACGUGAAGACAAUGCUGAUAUGCCCCUGAACUGGGUAACCAGAGAAGCAUCAAAUAUUGAGGCCCUGCAAGAGGGUGGCACAUUUAAACAUGCCCUAUGGCGAAGAGUCCAGACAGUGGUCACUCCCUUCCUAGCCCAUUUAAUUUCUUUCAUUGACCGCAACUGUAAUCUGGACCUUCUGCUGGAUAGUGACUGUAAGGAUGAAGUCAAGGAUAUGUGGCUUCUUAUAUUUGGGGAGAAAGCGAUGCUGGAUAUACCAUACAUUCCAGUUGGCCAAAGCUUGGAGACCCCAACCAUCCAGAUCCAAAGCCACAUAUCUGUGGGAAGAACUGUGUCCUGCACCAUGCCUUUUAGCUGGAGGAUCAAAGAUCUUUUGGAUGACCUCUGGGUGUAUACCUUACAGAGAGAGGGUCAAUCUCAUCGGCAGUUUGAGGGGGUCUUCAAGAGAACUGUACUUGGGGAAUAUUUUGCAAGUGUGGACAAAGAAAUGCAGAGGGAAUUUUUCCAAAGAUAUCUUCAAGAUUUCAUUGCUUUGACAAUGAAAGUUUCCUCUGUUGCUGAACAGCAAUUGCUGUGUGCCGCGCUGGCAAGCUGUGUGAAUGAGCUGUGUACACGGCGAGGCAUAUCAGUGGAAAACAAGCUCUCCCUACCGCUGGUCCACUCCGCUUACCAUGAGUUCCGGAAAGGUUUGCAAAACUUCUCCAGGAUGAUGUCUAUCCUGCCUCAGGUGGCCCUUUCCUUGCAGGGGAAUCCGCAUGUUAUGGGCCCAGCUGAGAUGAUUUUAGAUGUUUACGGUGCUCUGGCCUGUGUGGAGCAGCUAGAGCCCCAGGAUUUAAACGGGGACUUCCAGCGGCAGUCUUGGCUGAAACAAGUGAAGAGGUUGCAGGUGCCCAUUGAACUGGUCUGCUCAGAACGCAGCCUUAAACACUACAGCGAGAGGAGUCGUGAGAUGGUGAAGUUCAUACACACUGCUUGGAGGCGUAUCUUCACGCUCUCUCUGUUUGUGGAGCACAUACUGUUGGGCAUCGAGCGUGAAGAUGAGAGGUUGACGCCACUGGUCAUGGAGCAUACUCGAAACAUAGGGAGGGUACUUGAAAAAAAUCCAGAUAUGAAAUUGGAAAAAACCUUUGGGGCUGUAAUUGAAAUACUCAGGUCCUGCAAGCAAAGAGCAAGUGACCUCAUAUUCAAGUAUGGUCUCCAGUCAUGUGCUAUAUGCAGGACUGAGCCACAAGACCCUGUGGAGUUGCCAUGUAACCAUAUCUUCUGUCAGAGUUGCAUCAAAAGGUGGCUGAUCCCAGGUCAGAUGUACUGUGCAAUGUGUACUCAACCAGUGCCAGAUGACUUUCAGCUGAAUGUGUCAGAGGACGUUCGGACCUGUUUCAAGUUGAAUGCUCAGUUCAGACAACGGUGCAAUGCCUUUUUUGUCGAAGUCGUGUCUACAGUGUGCUUCAAGGACAAUUCCCCACCAUCCAGAGGUGUGAUUCUUCACCUACUGUCCUUCCUCAUGGUUGAGGCAAAGCCAGCUUCCCUAACUCAAAUGCACAGCCGUAUUCUCACAAAAGCCCUGUCACCCUUCGAUGAGUGUGUGGACAGAAAUCCCAUUGUGCGGUCUAUGGUGCUGAAACUCCUGCUCAAAUACAGCUUUGAUGAUGUGAAAGAUUACCUCGAACAUCAUCUCACAGAUGUACUGAGGAGCAAAAUUCUGGAUGACUCUGACAAAAGUGAACUGUAUACUCUAUACAUCAAUUGCUUUGAGGAUUCUAUGUUUGAAAAAAAGCAUCUGGGCUCUGGAGAAGAGCAGAAAUUACAUCUGCAGGAGGGUAGGGACUUCCUGCAUUACUUCCUGCACACGGGCCGGGUGGAUGCAGAGCAGGUCUCCAUUGAGGCCCUGCAGCAGAUUGCAAGACUACGCUUGUACUUGGACAUGGGUGCACAGAUGAUUGCCACCUUACCACACAAUGGGAGCCUGGAGAAACAUCAGACAGAGUUCUUGGACACAGUGAUGGAGCUUUGUGGGAAGAGUGGGAAUGACUGGUACAGAGUUUACCUGAUCAGAAAGAUCUGCAGUUUGCAUGGAGUAGAGUUUGUUCGGAGUAUGCAAAAGGAAGUUUCGUUUCGAUGGCUUUUCCCACAGGAGAUUUUGCAACAGGAAGAGGUUGUGGGCCAGGUGGAUCAGUACCUUGUGUAUGGGGAAGAGUAUAAGACAGUACGUGAGGCGAUUGCUAAGGCAGUAUUUGAAGGCCGAGUGCAGAGCAUCGAUGCUGCCCUGGAGAAAUGCACAUGUUCUCCAAGGAGAAGGUCCUUCUAUAUUCUUUUGGCACUGUUCCAAGAAGUUACCACUCUCUUCCGAGCAUCUAAUCCAGUCUUCCACCCCAAACCAGAGCAAUGCCGAGCCCUUGAGGUCUUCGUCCGUGGCUCGCAGCAUUUGUCUACCUCUGAGAUGAAGGCCUUUGCCGAAGCCCUGGUGAACAACACACUUGGCAGCUUAAGCGUGCACAUGAGGCAUAGUAACAUGGAACACACACUCACUGAGCUCGCCGUCCACCUGAAGGCGGUACUGCUGUGUGGGUCUGAUGGUCUCCUGCAUCCCCUCACACAGCUGGGCCUGUCCCCUUCUACCAUGCAGGCAGCAUUUAUUCCCACCAUGCCAGAAGACAUGUUUGCCACGGCACGAAAGGCUCUUGGCUUCACGUGGUAUACGUGUCCCAAUGGCCACCCUUGUGUUGUUGACAAGUGUGGCCAGCCCACCCAGCUGGGCAGAUGUCUGGAGUGUGGUGCUACAGUGGGAGGCCAGAACCAUUUGGCUGUGCAUGGCUUUCGUCGAACUCAACAGAUGGGGGAUCGUACACAGAGAGGCCACAUUCUAGGAGACCCACAAAGAAGAGACAACCCAGAAGCCCUGGACACCAAAAGCCUGUCUCUGACUCCUUUCACACUAAUCCGAAUGCUAACCCACCUGACCAUGCUGCUAGGGGCCACCGAACAGCCUCAGAGUAUAGCACACAUCAUCCGGCCACCAGUACAAGAUCCCUGCGGAUUUCUGAUGCAACAUCUGGCGAAGGACUUGGAGCAGCUGAGCAGGGCUGUGGGAAAGGGGGCAGAUGAGACUGUCACUGCUGCUCAUCUGCUACUCAGCUGGGCCUUGGAACCUCCUCAGUCUGCCCAGUGGACUGCUGGUUACGACAACACCCUCUCCACUAAGGAGGCCAGGAACGCCUGGGAGGUCGCCAUGGCUCAGAACAUCAUCACUCCCAAACUGAAGAAACUGGAACGCAAGCUGCAGAAGGUGGGCGCCCGCAUGCGGGACGAUUCCCGUGUGUCGUCCGAUCCCAUCCUGAAGCUGAUGUACGGAGACCCAAGGUUGUUCCUGUCCUCCGUGACCCAGAGCUCCGUGGUCCACAGCUCUGCCGUGUGGAGCUGCAGGGAGGGCGGCUCUCUGCUCAGCCUCAUGCAUGUCGUCGAGCAGAACGAUGGCAAGGACAACUUCCCACUGCUCUGGAGGUUCUUGCAGAAGGAGCCAGAGCUCCGGCUGGUCAGGUUCCUCCCUGACAUACUGGCUCUGCAGAGAAACCUGGUUAAGAAGUUUCAGAACCUGCCAGAUUUGAUCAGUGGCACAAUCAGGGAUUUCCUUGAUAAACAAAAUUCAGCAUCUCUGAAGAGUUGGUACCUGAAGCGCAUCCAGAUCUUCCUGAACUCAUGGAACCAACUUAGAACUUCCCUGGUCAAUUUUGAGGUGAAAGUGCCAGAUGAUUAUUGUAGCAUAGACCUGGAUGAGGGCAGCGAGCUGCAGGUGCUUGUCCCCCGGCGACAGGGAGCAGGGCUGUGUGCCACCGCGCUGCUCAGCUACCUGAUCUCCCUCCACAAUCAGUUGGUCAGCACAGCGGAGGAGCACACAGGCGAGGACUGCAGCUACAAAGUGAGCCUGGCGGAGGUGAGCGAGCUGCACGUGAUUGGCUAUGAGGUGGAACGAGAUCUCCUCCCCCUGGUGGUGGCCAACUGCCAGUACAGCGUGGAGCGCGGCCGGGAGACGCUGUCGGAAUAUGACUUGCCCAAAAUCCAGCAGCAGGUCCUCGGUCGCCUCCUGCGGGGCAAACCUCAAAUCACGCUGGCCGGAAUCCCAACUCUAGUCAGCAGGCAAGACAGAAAUUAUGAGAACAUUUUCAAAGACAUCAGAGAAAAAGUAACUCAGGAGCCCCUGAUGCCUCUGAUCUCCUCUGGGCUGGUGACGGAGCUACAGGGCCUCAGUGAUGUCUGCGAGGCCCUGGGGGCCAUCGAGGUAGCGCUGGGCUUCCUGGCCAUGACCGGAGGUGAUGAACACAUGCCUCUGGAGGAUUACCUGGAGAGGAGACUGCAGAUGGGCCAUCACACGGCCCCUCACGUCCUCAAGGCUCUGGGCAGAUGCUGUCUGAAUCACUGCGUGGCUCUGUGGCAACUCCUCACCUCCCUGAAGUCCGAGCACAUGCUUCGCCUUAAAAGGGACCCAUUUUCAGGAAUCCCAGCUGAGUACCAGCAGGCCCUGGGGGACGAUGCCAAACAGCUGCUCUCCGGCUUCCUGUCCCAGAGCAGGGCGGACGCUUGGCUGUUGGAGAUGCACGAGUUCCUGCUGCUGUGUCUGAAGAGCCAGCAGGCCACGGACACUUUCCGGCCGGACUGGAGCCUUAAAGACACCCUGGUCUCGUACAUGGAGCGUAAAAACCUCGACAUCCCUCUGGAUGUGGAGGCAGCGUUUCCAGACCAGAUCCAGCUUUCCCAGCUAGUCGAGACCUGGAAGUUCACCAUCACCCACAAGCAACAAAGAUAAAUGGCUGAAGAGAAAGGCGUCAUUACAACAUUCCAUUCAAAUACAACUGUGGUUACUCAGGCAAAUCUUUUCCGUCAAGUGUACUUUCUGAUAUUUUUUUGUUGUUGUUUUAGAUUUUUGUUAGAAAACUAAACUCAAGGAAAAUAAACAUUUGUUGUACAUUUUAUACAAUUUUAGAUGUCAAUUUAGAUGUAAUUUCUUUUCCAAUUGACUUUUAAAGGGUCUUUAGGUGUAGUACAUUCAUUCAGCCUAUUUGCAAAGGCCUGGAAUUAUUUUCAUUAGUUAAUCUUCAUACGUUGUCCCAGAGCUCCAUGCAGUGAUGUGUUUCUACCACUGGAGGGGGCUGUGUACCACUUUACUGAGGCCUACACUAUAAUCACGAAGUGUUUACAAAUGGUAUGCUCCUUUACUUUGUUCACUAACUAUUAUAUAAUCAAGUAAUUUUUCCAUCUCUUUAAUUCACCAUUCCAGAGAAAUCUGUUGGAAUAAUAUGUUUCGUAUGAAUGUUAAUCAUGAAAAUAAAGUAAAUGCUAAAGAGUAAA